AUGCCGCUGUCGUCGCAUGGUCAGCCAGCGCUGGCGUCGGCGCCGGCAAAACCAUCAGCGGCGGCUAAGACGUGCGGCGGCUCCGCUGGCGGCGUCGUGGCGUUGACGGCCGACAAAUACGCGCAGCCGGCAGCUGCACAGCGGAGCAGCGCCAAGACACUGCUUGGCACGACCCUCAGGCAGUCCGCCAUCGCGGCGCCGGUCAACGCCGUCAAGUCGGUCUUUGACCGCGCCCCCAAGCUCCGCAGCCACAACAGUUUUGCAGACCCUUUGGAUGCCAACAAAGGCAACGUCGUGAUGGGCGCGGAUUGCGUCAACACCAGCCAAGCCACAGGCGCGCCCACCACGGGCCCCUGCAAGGGGGUCGCCGACGUCGAGGCCGCUGCUGGCGUUGGGGGGGCCGAGCGCUCCUGGCUGUCCAACGUGUUCAAGCUGCUGUUCACGCACCUGCAGAUGCUGGGACUGCUCAGGGGUAUUCGAAUGGACUGGCCUGACGGAUUGGACAAGGUGUUGGGCUUCUUGGAUCAGACCCAGGCCUUUUCAACCUGGGUGUCACUCGAGUGCAGCCUGGCGGGGGUGGGUCUGCACCCCUCCAUCACCAGGUCCAUCAUCCUGCUGCUCAUGCCAGCCGCCGCCUGCCUGGUUGGCUUGCUCGGCUGGAUUGCCAUCGCCGCCGUCACCGCGCUGUGGCAGCGCCACCAAGGGCUGCUGGGUCACGAGCAUGACCGGGUGACGUGGGAUUACUACCGCCCGCGGGUGCUGAUGACGUGCAUCAUGGUGGCCUUCUUCCUCUACCCCCAGGUGUCAGACGCCGUCGUCACGAUCCUUGCGGCAUGCACCACCGUUGACAACCACAGCGCGGUCAGCCCGGCCUACCUCCCGCCCCGCAACGCCACAUCGCCGGGAGGAGAUGCACUUGCCGCCCUCAAAGCCGUCGGCACUUACUGGAACUACGACACCAGCCAGAUGUGCUUUGAGGGGCCCAUGAGGGUCCUGCUGGUGAUGGGCAUCAUGUGGGUGGUGGCGUUCUGCGCGGGAUUCCCCCUAGUCAUGGUUCUGGUGCUCUGGAUGAACAGGGAACGCCUGGGGGAAGUCAAGACUGACUUGAUGUACGGCUUCUUCUACGACUCGUACCGCCACGGCUACUACUUCUGGGAGUCUGUGCUGCUCCUGGAGAAGCUGCUGCUCUCCCUGGCCAUCACCGUCACCACGCGGUACGGCGCCCCCGCCCAGGUCCUGGCGGGCCACUGCGUGAUCUUUGUGGCGCUGAUGCUGCAGGUCAAGUGCCGCCCCUAUGGCUGCCAGAUGCUGGACAGGCUACAGGGGACCAGCCUGUACGCGCUGGUGGGAAGCUGCUUCGCCCUCAUGAUGCCUGCCCUGGAUUCCAUCCUAACGGGUGACGGGCUGGUGUCGCAGUCCAGCGCAGUGACCGGCGCGUCCCUCGCAAUCGCCGGCGUCCUGAACGUGGGCGUGGUGCUGCUGUUCCUGUGCGCGCUGUACCUUGAGGGCCGUCGCAUGGUGGUCAGCGCGAUGGACGCUGAUGGCGACGGCAAGGUGGCGGUUUGGGAGGUCCUAGACUGGGUGGCAGCUCGCCUGCCACCCUGGCUGAAAAACCGCUUGGCGGCAACCCGCAAUGCCACUGGGAGUUGA